CCGAGUUCCACAACCCAUAAACCACACACUCCCACUCUCCGUCCGUCUCCCCACGACCCCACCAAGGCAAACAGACUCCCAGGCUCCCGGCCUCCCAGCAAGCAAGCUAGAUCGAUGGCGGACUGGGGCCCUGUGGUGGUGGGCGUGGUGCUGUUCGUGCUGCUGUCCCCGGGCCUGCUGUGCGAGCUCCCGGGCACCCACCGCCACGUCGACUUCGGCGGCUUCCACACCAACGGCAAGGCCAUCUUCGUCCACACCCUCAUCUUCUUCGCCGCCUUCACCAUCCUCACGCUCGCGCUCCACGUCCACAUCUACGCCGGCUAGUAGUCUGCUCCAGGCCUGCCUGCCUCGUCGAUCUGGACGCGGGAUCCAGAUCGGGACAAGGCACGAGUGAAGUGCGUGUAUGCUACUGCUAUCUAUAUGCAAGACAUCGUCGUCUGUAAUUCGAUUCUGUAGGCGGACCCGUCCACCUUGCUGCGUGCUUGCCCUUCAAUCCAUCCAAUCGAGGAGCUAUUCAAACAAAUCUAGCUAAUAGUUACUGCCCUUUUCUUUUGGUGUUCAUCCCGAUCCGUCUGGCCGCUCGUCAUCAUGUCUCUCGAUUUCAUCUUCUUUGUUUCCAUGUAUGAUCCAUGGUAUUGAUUUUUGAAUGUCGAA